AUGCCCUUCUGGGAUCACUUUAGCUGGAAUGCUGUAAUCACUGCAUAUGCAGAGAAGGGUUUUACUCGGAUCCAAGCUCAGAGAAGCGAAGGUUAUGUUCGAUGGAAUGCCCGGGUGGGAUCUCCCAUCAUGGUUAUCGCCUACUCAAACAGCUCCAAGCUCGAGGAGGCUCGAUUCUUCUUCGACAAUCUCCCGCAGCAAAACGAGGUUGCGUGGACUUCCAUGAUCCACGGCUACGUUUCCAACAGCCAGGUCGAGGAAGCCCAGAUCCUCUUCUCCCGAAUUCUGGUGCGCGAUUCCAUCUGCUGGACUGCGAUGAUCGAGGCCUACGCUCAAAACGACGCACAUGCCGCGCGGGCGAUGUUCGAUCGAAUGCCCGAGCGCCACAACGUUGUCGCAUGGACAGCGAUGAUCCAGGCCUACGCUCUCACUGGGAAUUUCUUUCACGCUUCGAUCCUCUACCAGGACAUGGUCUUGGAAGGAAUGGCUCCCGACCGGAUCGCAUUCACUGGAAUCCGCAUCUCAUGCAGCUACGCGGGGCUCCUCGCCAAAUCGCGAGCCUAUUUCGUGUGGCUCGCCCCGAUCGUGGAGCACUACUACUGCAUGAUCGAUGUUUUUGGGCGAUCCGGGAUGCUAGAGGAGGCCGAGGAGCUCAUCGACACGAUGCCGUUCCAUCCCAAGGAGAUCGCCUGGACGACGCUGCUCGGCGCCUCGUGUCGAUUCAGGGAAAGUCCGGGCUUUAUGAGAUUGGAUUCGAGAAGCCCGGCGGCUUACGUCCAGCACAAGCGGGACAAUGAGCGGAUUGCGUUUUCGAGAGGGAGAAUCCUUCAGCCGCUUGACUACGAAUAUGAACUUGUUGAUCAGGUGAGUGCUACCGUUAAGAGCUUUGGAGUCACAGAGGAGGAUCUAAUUGGCGUGCGUAACUGGUACAAUUCCAAAGCAUCCAGGAGGGCAUUGGUCAUCCUGUGGUCUCGGCCGCGUUGUUUUCCGCUCCCCUGGGCUGCUCAACCUUAG